AUUUUGAAAGAGUGAUAACAGACUAAAAGUGAAAAUUUUAAUUAUUUUUCACAUUCUCCUUCGAAUAUUACGUAUUAAAUCAAAUACUUUUCAAAAUAUAACUCACCCGUGAAACAUGUCCACGCUUAGUUCGUUAUAAACCAUCAUCUCACCUGCUUUCCCACAUGAAGAAAGCUCUACGAAAAUGGAUGAAAAAUUUCAACUCUGCGGAAGGCAGCCCAGACAACUCGAAAACUAUCUCACCAAAUGCUACCCAUACUCCAUUCUCUUCGAGAAACGAGUCUUCAGCUAUAAACGACUUCGUUCCAAACAAGCAAAUGAAACUGCACUACGCAGUCUUAUCUGAGAACGAAACAGAUGUUAGGAAAUAUUCUCCGAAAUGUGUCAAUAAUCUGGACAGUUUGCUAAGAACCCCGUUACAUCUGGCUGUACAUCAGGGCAAUCUAAACAUUGCGAACAUAUUGCUCGAAAAUGGGUCUAGCUUGGAUCUCGUUGACAGCGAAGGAUACACACCGUUUUUGAGGGCUAUAGAGUUUGGGAAUGUGGAUCUUGUUAAACGAUUCUGUGAAGAGAAAUUUAAUAAAAAUCAGACAGAUUCGGCCGGAAAUACGGCCGUUCAUUUAGCAGUUUUGUACGGAUUUUACAGCAUUGCCGAGCUAUUGCUUAGAAAUAAUUUUCUUUUGGAUGUUGCUAAUAAAGGAGGAGAUUACCCAAUACACGUUGCAAUUCAAAAUGAAUCUGUUUCUACGGUGAAAUUAUUGCUGGAAUUUGGAGCUUCUGUCGAUGUUUCGGAUGCUAAUAGAAAAUCUCCGCUGUUACUCUCGAUUGAAAUGGGGAAUUUAUCAUUAGUGGAACUGUUUUUGAAACGAAAAGUCAAUCUUGAACAUAAAGAUAUGAAUGGGAAAAGUGCCAAAGAUUAUAUUGCUUCGAGUAACAACAUCAACAUGAAGUUACUGUUUUCUAGAUUUAUUUCAGCUAAUGAUUUUGAAAUAAGUCCCAUAGUCCACGAUGAAGAUUCGCCCACUUCUGAGCAAUCUUGUGUGUUACCUCCGGCUCUGAAAUCUCCCUUGAGCUGGAAUAUUCUUCAAAAAAGCAUUAAUCCGAAUGACAAGGCUACAUCGUCAGCAGGAGCAGAAAAACGAAAAAAAUGGGUCUCCGAAUUACACUCGAAAACCACCAAUAAAACCAUACAAGAUACUAUUUCUUCGAACCCGCCAUUUGUUGAAAGUUCAAAAAGCAAAUACGAAAGAAACGCUAAAUCUCUCUCUUUCGAAGUUGGCAACGAUGUAUUCGACUUGAAAACAUACAAUCGAAGUUACUCGUUGAAUUCGCACGAAAUUUUCAACCAAACGAAAUUCAUCACGUUGAAACCUUUAGAGAUAGAUAACAGAAGCAGUCACGAAAAACUCAAAGAUCAACUCGAAAAUUGCCAAAAAGCUCUUCAAGAGUUAUCUCUCGAUGUUAUUUCUAAAGAUUCGAAACAACUGCCCAGCCCAGAGUUGAAAUUUAAUUCGGAUUUUUUGCUCGAUGAUUUCAAUCUGAAAUCUAUGAAUUCGACUCAUCGCGAUAUGCUGCACGAUUUAUUUUUGAAUGAUGAGAAUCAUCGAAGGGAUCAUUCUGACGUUGAAUCUGAUUUAAGAAAUGUUACGAUUAAUAUUGAAAAUGUCAGCUCUGGGUCUAAAAUGAACGAAGACAAUAGAGGCGAGAAACAAGUUGACGAUGAGUCUUCUGACGAGGAUCCGCCGUUCUGGAAAAGUUCUUUGGAUGGUGGUUAUUUUGUACCUAAAAUUAGGAGAGAAGAUACUCUAAGAACGGUCAAGUCUUCAUCAGGAAGUGAAGAUUCUGGCAGUGAAAAAGACCUAAAUCUGAAAGAGGCCCCCAACAGCAUUAUAUUGAAUCGUUUAAAACAAGUAUCGCUCGAAAACGAAGACCUAGAAACCGAAACAGCCGUACUUCGCGAAGCUACCGAGAAAUUGAAAUACGAUUUAGCCAACUAUCGUCAGCUGAACAACGUCAAGGAAACUAAUUUAAGCGAAAUAACAUCUCAGCUGACUCAAAUGGAUUUAAAAUAUUCGAAAGCCAUCGAAAAAAUAAAUAUUUUUCAACUCUGCAUGAAUAAUUUAGAACAAGAAGUAGCUCAUCUAAGGCAUAUUUGUAAUAAGUCUUACAAAGUAAAUCAGCAGCUAAUGAAGCAAUUACAACAAAUGCACGAGAGCAAUCAGCGAAUAAAAUCGGAAAAGGAUGAAAUAGUUAAUUUGAACGCAUCAGAUGUGCAGAAAUUACAAGCAGAUGUUUUAUACUGGAAGAAUAGGUAUGAAGAAUUAUUACAGUCUAAAGAACAAACUAAUUUAGCUGCGUUUGAAAUGCAGAGUUUAUUCAAAUUAAAUCUAGAAUUGAACAAAAUGAGUGAUAAAAUAAGGGACUGUUUGUGUAAAAGUGAUCUAGCCAAAUUACAAGAUCAACAAGUUGUACUUCUGGGACAAACAUUGCAACAGAUACUCAACGAAGCUGAUCACAAGUUACAGAAUUCUUUAUCUGAGCUCAAAGAAGAUGUCAAACGAAAAGUUAAUGAAAUGGAUCAUGAAUUUUCAAGCAAAACAGAAACCGAAUUGAAAUUGAUGGAUUUAGAGAAUGUGAAACAGAAAUUACUUCUCGAAACGUCGAAAUUAUCUACAAAGUUGAAAGAAAAAGAAAUCGAAGAAACAAAACUAAAGGAGCAACUUGAAGCAUUUACGAAAGAGAAGCAAAAAUUGAAAGAAGAAAAACGUAAACAGUUAAUCAAGAAAAGCUACGAAGAUAAAAACACUCCCAGGAAAGGAGUAUACUUGAGCGUUGUACGUAAUUAUUUGCAUAAAUCAAGACUCAACAAUUCCGAUUCUAGUCCUGAACCUUUUCUGAAUGAAAAUCUGAAAAUUGAUUUUCGUGACGAAUCGAUGGCCAAAGAAAGCGAACAAAAAACUUAGUCAAGCUCUCAAGCUCUUCGUACCUAAACAAAAAUUAUUGUAUUUUUUAUCUAGUCUCAUAUUUCUAGUCAUUAGUGAUUUUUGUACGAUAUACCUAAUCGUUGUAUUAUUUUCAUGUACGUAUAUUUUUAUAUUAAAAUCAUUUCAAGUUCAAA